AUGUCCAGACCGCUUAUACGAAUCCCGUACACGGGGCCUCUGCCACCACCCCUGAUUAUCCCACCUUCGGCCGCCACUAGACAAGGUGCCAUCACUGCCCUCGCUCACUUCCUGACCUCUCCAGCGCCACCUGCAUCCUCAGGCCAAGAUGCGCACUGGGACAGAAAAAAGACAGUCCUUCUUACAGGAGCGGGCAUAAGCGUCGCCUCAGGCCUUGCCGACUAUCGCGGUGUCAAUGGUACCUACACCCAGAACAAGACCUACCGACCGAUCUACUACCACGAAUUCGUCUCGAGUCACGAAUCCCGGAAGCGAUACUGGGCCCGCUCAUUCCUGGGCUGGAGGGGUCUUCACCGCUCGAAACCCAAUGCCGGGCACUAUGCCAUUCGAGACCUCGGAAAACUAGGGCUGGUCGACCGGGUGGUUACUCAGAAUGUUGAUUCGUUCCAUAAUCUUGCGCAUCCGCAUUUGAAGACGGUGGAACUGCACGGGUUUCUCAGAGCUCUGGUCUGUCUGAGUUGUAAGAGGCUUAUUGAUCGCGAUGAUUUCCAGAAGAGAUUGGCCGAGUUGAAUCCCGCCUGGGCCGAGUUCUUGCAACAGCUCCUGGCUUCCGGGGCAUUGGACACGGAGAAUCCCAUUGAAAGAAGGAGGCUCGGGUUCAGGACAAACCCCGAUGGUGACGCCGAUGUCCCUGGUGCUCCGUACAACACCUUUAGAUACCCUGCUUGUCCGCACUGUCUGAAGCGACCGCCAAUUUUACAAGAUGGGAACAAGGGGCAUGUGGAUGUUGAUGCGGACGGUGCUUGGAUACCACCACCCUCGGCAUCGGCGGCACACAGCGGCGUUGGCGUGCUCAAACCUAAUGUGAUCAUGUUUGGUGAGUCUAUCCCGGCCGAGGUGAAGACCGCGGCAGAGGAAGCCAUCGAUUCUGCGGCCAAGAUCUUGGUCGUGGGCAGUUCUCUUGCGACCUAUUCGGCCUGGAGGCUGGUCAAGAGAGCGCAUGAACAGGGCAUGGGUAUCGGGAUUCUGAACAUGGGGGGCGUCAGAAAGGAGGAAGUCUUCUUUGGAGAACUCCUUCCGCACCACCAUUCUCAAGGCCAGGAGGAUCAAGCUGCUGGAUGGACGGCACUGAAGCGCGAACUUGUACGUGCCAGUCUUCCGUCCGAAGACAUCUUACCUGGAGUGGUCGACGCGAUUCGUGCCAACUUGUCUGACCAAGACCGACUUCCUGCACCGCGACUUCAGCCGCAUCCCUGA